AUGUCUGGUGAUGAAUCCUCAGGUUCGAAAAACUCCAUCAAUCAGAAGCCAUAUGGUGUUGUUAACAUCAAAACUCAUGUUCCUAUUAUUCUUGACUUCAAUGAAUUAAACUAUGAUGCCUGGCGCGAAUUGUUUGAAACUCACUAUAGGGGAUAUCGGGUGCUUGGAUUUCUCGACGGGACUUUACUUCCAAAGUCUGAUAAGGAUGAAGAAUGGUAUGCCCUAGACUACAUUGUCAAGUCAUGGAUCUAUGCCACUCUUACUCAGCCUCUCCUCACAUCCAUAGUCAAGAAAAACUCCACCGCUCAUUCCAUAUGGCAAAGCCUUGAAGACUUGUUUCGUAAAAAUAAAGAUACCCAAGCCAUUGAACUUGAAAACGAACUUCGAUUCAUGACACAAGGUGAACUUUCAAUUGCCCAAUAUUGUCAAAAAAUGAAGUCCAUCAAUGAUCUCUUGGCCAAUAUCGAGAACCCUAUCCCUGAAAAGUCGUUUAUUGCACAUCUGUUGAAUGGCUUAUCCCCACAGUUCGAAAACAUAUCCAUGCUUCUUCGCCAUAGGGACCCAUUUACAACCUAUAAUUUGGUCCGCUCCAAGCUUCUGGUUGAAGAAAGCAGACUAAAAUCGAACCGCCCAACACCACCUUCACACUUGGAUCACUCCUCUGCACCUUCGAUAUUGUAUGCCGCCAACAGUAGUCGCACACUGUCUUCCUCUAACCGUAGUGGUCGUCGUCCUAAUCAGAAUCGUCGUGGAGGCGGCAACUCUGACUCCCAUCGCCGAAUACUUUUGGGUCUGGGCAUUCUUGGUACCCCACCUUCCGCUACAGCAACUGCAUAUCACACAACCUCCACUCCAACUCUUCGGCCUCCAUGGCAAUGGUUCCCUUCAAUAUCUCAAAAUCAGCCUAUCGACCUCGCUCAAGCCUUCAACUCCUUGAAUGUUACUGAUAGUGCGGAUGCUAAUUGGUAUACGGACACCGGAGCCACAUCACACCUUGGCUCCGAUACAGGUUUAACAUGGUUACCAAUGGUAAAUGAGAAAGGAGAUUAUCAAUGUUUGGAACAGAGGAUGUCGAUGACGAUAUGGAUGGUGACCUUCUUCCAGGUUAUAGUGUUGGCGGCGGGUGGGCGGCGGUAA